GAAUUUUAACCAAAGCAUCGUAGAAGCCACCCAAAUGUGUAUUGAGUGGUCGGGAAAUGUCCACAACAGCGAAGCUAUCCAAAUCCAUUUUAUCACAACUCUCUUCGAUCAAGAUUACAUCCCGCAACAAGAUCAAGCAAGGUUGAAACACAGGCAAAUUAAGAUGUCAACAGAGGUGAUGUUUCUUCGCAGUCACUGUUACCACGUACCAGAAAGAACAUCACCGCUCCUCUCUCCUUGCACUUACAAUGUCUAUGCCAAUAUCAGAUCAGACCACCCAGUAAGACUAAUGAGGAGAAGGCUGACAGCACCUAAACUGUUACUGCUGCCACAAGUACAGAGACCAAAUAGAAAACCAUCACCAUUAACAACAAUAACAGCAGCUGCUGCAGGUGUGCCACUGCCUCCACUUGAUUUGACUGAAGAGAAUGUUAAACAGGUGUUGGUUGAUGCUCGAGCCGAGCUUGGACAGAUUUUUGACACUUCAGUGGGCAUAACAGGACAAGUUGAACUUGCUGAAUUGGAUGGACCAUUUGUGGUGAUUAGUCUCAAAGGUAGGUUUUGGCACGAACGUUCCAUGGUUGUUGCUAGAAUUGGCAACUACUUGAAGCAGAGAAUCCCUGAAAUUUUGGAGGUAGAGAUUGAAGAUGAGAAACAGCUGGAUGACAGCCCAGAAAAUUUUUAAGGUGGUCGGUUCUAGUAGGUUGUAAUAAUCUGCUUUGUAGCUCUCCGUUCUGUGGCAUUGUAUUGGAUUUCAGUGAUUUCUUCGGGUGAAAUUUAAAAAAUUAACGAAAGAGUUGCGCUACUA